AUGCCCCCACUCGAACAACCACUCGACAUCAACGGGUCUGGGGUCGGCGCCGCGUCGUCAGACAAGCCCCAGCGCAAGCGACGUUUAGACGUCAACCCUUCCCUCAUCCUCUCCACCGAGGGCCGGAGCAAGCGUCGCCGCACGCCAUCGCCCCUUCCCGAAACCGAGCCCGAGAUGGACCCGCGCGACGCCGAGCGCGCAAAGCACCUCGGCCUGGCACUAUACAGCAAGAUUAUGGGGCUGCGUGAUUCGAGUGGCGAAUCGAUGGCAGAGCCCUUUGUAAAGCUACCCAACAAGCGCCAGUUCCCCGACUACUACGAGACCAUCAAGAACCCGAUGUCGCUCGAAAUCAUCCACCAAAAGCUCAACGCUGGAGGGUACAUGUCGCUCUUUGAUGUCUGCAACGACUUUUACCAGAUGUGGAACAACGCCAAGCGAUAUAAUAUGAAAGAGUCGACGUUGUUCCAGUGGGCCAAGAAGAUGCACCAGAUCACGCGCACCUUCUACGGCUCGCACACGGUGGGGCAGGACGCCAGUGGCGAGAGCGAUGACGGGGCAUCUGUGCCACCACCUUCACUGCCUGCUGCGACCCCUGUCCCUGCGCGCACGGCCACCUCUGUCUCUGUUUCGGCAGCGCCCUCGCCAUCGACAGCUGGGCCAUCAACGCCAAUGGGCGACUCAAUCCUUCCCAAGCUGUCGGGACCUGGGACAGGCAAGAAGCGCGGGAGCUACAUGAAGGACGGGCCGACAGUGUACAAGCUGAUCAAGCCGUGCAUGCGUGACAUCAAGGCUGCCAAGUCGAGCGACGGACAAGAUCGCGACAUUGCCGCCAUCUUUCUCUCCCUACCAGACCGCCGGUCGUUCCCAGACUACUACCGGAUGAUCAAGAACCCGUUAGCACUCGACGAUAUCGAGACGAGAAUGAUGUCGCGCAGGUACCACACGUCAGAAGAGUUCUUCAUCGAGGUCGAGCGCAUGUGCGACAACGCUAUGCUGUACAACGAGGACGAGAGUGAAGUGUGGCGCGACGCAAAACAGAUUCAUGGGAUCGUGCAGCACCAUCGCGCGCUCGUCAAGGAACGCCUGGGGCAGCUCAAGAUGGGCGCACCAGGUCCAAAGCUGCCGCCCAAGGUGAUGACGCCCGUCCACCACAGCUCGCACCCGGCCGCCACUGUACCAACAGCGCCGGCAAUCGGAUUACCACAGUCCAUGAUGCACGCUCCGCAGGCGGGCUAUGUGUCACAUGCAUCCUACCCCAACAUCGCCUACCCACCACAACAUCAACAGCACGUUCCUGCAGCCGCGCCGUCCUCGCAACUGCCACCACUACCACACGGCGUCGUAACAGAAGAGGUAGUAGCGACACUAGACCGCUACCCGUCGUUCGAGCAGCAGGCGUGGAUCUCAUCACUACCCCCGCUUGCCCUCAACAUCUUCCGGCAGAUGAAGGAGGCCAAUGACGCGCGUAAGCGUGGUGUCCCCCCUCCCACCGUCGAGUCGCGCUCGGCACCUGCGCCAGACCCUGGACCGCUCUCGCCCACGAUCAAGGUCAUCGACUUUGCAUACUCUGAUGCGGCGCCUGAUAGCGAAUCUACAACCCCUGUGCCCCGGGACCCACCGAGCGCGAUCCGUCUGCGAAACAUGCGCGGCGUCGCGGCGCACGCUGUCGCCAUCGCGUCCGCGACGUCCGAGCUCGAGCUCACGGCGUGGGUUGCCGACCCAGCCGACGCCAAGCCUGAAGUCACGCUGCGCGUCAACGGCACGGCGGUCGACACGCCCAAGCUCCUCUACAGCGCCAAGGACAGCAAUGAGAAGGACGGCAAGGACGAGGUCCCGGCGGGCAUGCGCUGGACGGUGCCCGUCUCCCCGGCGCGGCUGGAGUUCAAGAUCGAGGUCGUCGCGACCAAGCCUGGUGCCGGGCCCGAGACGAGCGCCAUUUUCAUCAACCGCCAGUUCUAG